AUGCUCGUCAAAAAGAAUGAAUCUGGUGUUGAGGAAAAGCCUUACAAGCGAAUCAUUUUUUACCAUCAGACUCAUUACAAAGAGGAUAGAUAUAUCUCCCUUCAGCCCACUAUUCUCCCGGGCGCAGGUGUCACCCACGUCAUCAUCGCGGCCAUUCAUCUCAACUCGCCCACGCGCAUCACGCUCAACAAUGACCUCUACGAUUCAGAUAAAUUCAUUCCUCUCUGGGAUGAAGUCCGACAGCUUCAAGCAGCAGGAACAAAAGUUCUGGGUAUGCUGGGAGGUGCAGCACAAGGCUCGUACACAAAACUCGACGGGUCUCUUGAAGGUUUCCACAGAUGGUACCAGCCACUGCGCAAAAUGAUCGCAUGGGCAGGCUUCAACGGUUUAGACCUCGAUAUCGAAGAAGCAAUGUCCCUCGGCGGCGUAAUUCGGUUGAUUGACCAUCUUAAAACCGACUUUGGUCAAUCCUUCCUCGUAACCCUCGCGCCCGUCGCACCAGCGCUCCGCAAUGAACAAAAUCUAGGCGGCUUCAACAUGGAAGAGCUGGAAAAGGGUCUGGGAUCGCGCAUAGCAUGGUACAACACGCAAUUCUACUGCGGCUGGGGUGACAUGAGCAAACCGCACGACUACGACAGAAUCAUCGCGCGCGGAUGGCCGCAGGAAAAAGUGGUCAUCGGGCUGGUAACCAACCCAUCGAAUUGUUCAGGUCAUGUCGAAGAAGCAAAACUGCGACAGUGUCUCGCAGAGUUGGUGAGGAGGUAUCCCCGGAUUGGAGGCGUCAUGGGCUGGGAGUACUAUAAUGCGAGGACGGAGCAAAGCUCCGAGCCGUGGAAGUGGGCCGAGAUGAUCAAUGACAUGUUGAACUGUGAUUCUGAUGCAGGGGAGGAGAAUAUGAGGGUCAUUUAG